GUGGCCGCACUCAAAGACAUGCAGGCCAAAGGCCAGCUUGGCUGCUUCUGCCUCACCGAGAAGCUAGCGGGUGUGAACAGCGGCCUCGUGGUCAACACGACUUGCACGUGGGACGAGGAGAAGCAGAUGUUUCUCCUGGACUGUCCCGACGAGGGCGCACAGAAGAAUUGGAUUUCCCAGGGCCUGUCCGCCGAUCUUGCCGUGGUCGUGGCCAACCUGAUCAUCAAAGGCCAGCGGAAGGGGCCUCAUGGCUUUAUCAUGCAGCUGAGGCAAAAUGGAGAGCUCGUCCCCGGCGUGACUGCCCAGGACAUGGGUGACAAGACCAUCGGAAACGAUCUGGACAACGCGCAGAUCGGCUUCAGCAAGGUUUGGCUACCAAAAGAUUCCUUGCUGGACAAGUAUGCGGGACUCGAGGCUGGUGGCUACGUGCAGAGGCAGCAGGGAAUCACCAACAUGGACAUGAUCGGCCAACGCCUAUACACCGGCAGGCACGUCAUUGCAAUGUCCACCCUGGUCUUUGCCCGCACGCUCUACAAGUCCGCGAGAGAAUAUGCGGACAAGAAGAUGUGUUGGUCUCCGCAGGGUGGCAUGCCACUGAGCUCUGUGCCGCAGUUGGCAGCCUUGUAUUUGGAGACGGACAAGGCGAAUGGGUGCAGCUUUUUCGGCGUUUUUAGGGUUUGGGUUUUGAGGUUUAGGGUUUUUCGUUAG